AAGACGCCUCGUUAGCCGCCAACAUGAGUUUCUUUUUGCCGAAAUUAACUUGUAAAAAAGACAUAGAUGAGGUUAUUAAAUGUGUGGCGGAGAAAGUCGUGGUUCUGAGGUUCGGCAGAGACGAAGACUCGGUUUGUCUCCAGCUCGACGAGAUUUUGUCAAAAACGUCCCACGACCUCAGCAACAUGGCGUCGAUCUACAUCGUUGACGUGAACAAAGCUCCGAUCUACACGAGAUACUUCGACAUCAGCUACAUCCCGUCCACCGUCUUCUUUUUCAACGGGCAGCACAUGAAGGUGGACUAUGGCUCCCCAGAUCACACCAAGUUUGUUGGCAGUUUUAAGACAAAGCAAGAUUUCAUGGAUCUGAUUGAAGUCAUAUACAGAGGAGCCAUGCGGGGAAAGAUGAUUGUUCAGAGUCCCAUAGACCCUCGGAAUAUUCCCAAAUAUGAUCUCCUCUAUCAUGGGAUUUAAACUCCGGACGUCCACUGUGUGGCCUUACGAUCAUAAUGUUUUAUUUCUGAGAGUCACAUAAAUAUCUUCAACCUUCAGAUACUAAACAACUGCCUGAAGAAAUUUUCAUCUCAAGUGUUGCAGAUAUAUAAAUAUAUCCACUUUCCAACAGAAGGUAAACAUCACAUGACCCCUUACUUUUUGUUGUCUGUUGUGUGUUUGUGAUUUUCUGAUACAUGCACGUUCCAGUCAGUGGUUUCAUCAUAUUCCACUGAUCAACAGGUUCCAGAGGAACAUGAAGGUGCUGUUGAGGAAAAGUGAAAGCUUGUAAAUAUGGAUGUUAAAAAUGCAUCUUUCAUAGUUUUAAAGGAUUUAAAUCUGAGAAAUGCAGAAUGUAAACUGAAACUUUAUUUACUAGAAAACUUCACAGGACUGUUGUGUACAGACACAAACUUCACCCAAACCUCAUAUAGAGUGAGUGUGACUGACUAAGAUAGAACAAAUAUACACGAUAAAAUGGACUUUGUUUAAGAUCCCAUAUUCAAAAGUAUUAACAGCAGGACAUUUGUAUGGUUUUCUCAUUACUCCAUGUUUUACAGAUAGUGUCUGAGUUAAGAUGAAUGAAUCCCUGUAGGUUUGAUGUAAUUUAUUUUUUCCCAUGUAAAAAUGUGUCUUGUGCUUUUUGGAUAUUUCCAAUGGAAAUCAGCUGUUUACCAGCAAAAAGAUAUAUGUUAUGUUGUGGCAAUAAACU